CCAUCUACUGUUUAGUAUAUUUUUAGCUUAAAUGGAGUAUCAAGUAGCCCAUAUCAAUGAUCUGACUGAUGGCCAAAUGAAAGAGGUCCGUGUGGGCGAAAUCGGCAAGGCUCUUUUAUCAAAGGUUGAUGGAAAAUUCUAUGCAACCUCUCAUCUGUGUCCUCACUACAAGGCUCCACUUGUCAAGGGAACAUUGUCGAGUGAUGGUCGUGUGAUGUGUCCAUUUCACGGCGCUUGUUUCCGUGUUCAGACUGGUGACAUUGAAGAUGCUCCUUCGAUCGACAGUCUUGUUAGUUUCUCUGUGACCGUGCGUAACGACCAUGUCUAUAUUUCAACCACUACCGAAGAAGUCAAAGCCGGUCGUCGUGGACCUGUUGUUGUGCACCACAAAUCCUCGGCAAAAAAAGCUGUGAUUGUUGGUGGAGGUGCUGGUGGUUUGCUCGCUGCAGAAACUCUUCGCGAGGAAGGAUUUGAAGGAAAGGUUAUCAUUCUUUCAAGAGAGUCUUAUCUUCCAAUCGAUAGACCCAAACUCAGCAAGGCUCUCAAGAUCGAUGCUUCCAAGAUUGCCUUGCGUAAUGCAGAGCACUUCAAGUCUAUGGAUAUUGAUAUUCGUCUGAGCACUACUGUCAAAUCGGUCGACACUCGAGGAAAAACUGUGACGCUCGAUUCUGGCGUCUCUAUUACCUACGACCAUCUUGUCCUUGCCACAGGCGGAGAUCCUCGCGUUCUUCCUAUUGUUGGCAAAGAGCUUGGCAACGUGUUUGUCAUCCGAACUGUUGAUGAUGCCAAUGCUAUUGAUGCGGGUCUGUCAGCCGUCAAUUCUGCUGAAGGAAAGCCCAAUGUUGUGAUUGUUGGAUCUAGCUUUAUUGGAAUGGAGUCUGCCAGUAUUCUCGCCAAGCAUGCUGUUGUGACUGUCAUUGGCAUGGAAAAGGUUCCAUUUGAAAGAGUUCUUGGUGCUGAUGUCGGCAAGGCUUUAAAAAGACUUAAUGAUAUCAAUGGUAUCAAGUUUGAACUUGAAGCUCUUGUCGAUCGUUAUGAGCCUUCUGCUAAAAAUCCUAAACAAGUUGGAUUUGUUGUUCUCAAAAGUGGCAAAAAGAUUCCUGCUGAUGUUGUUGUUCUUGGUGCUGGUGUUUUCCCUCAGACUACUUAUCUCAAGGAAAGUGGUAUUGUGCUUGACAAGGACGGUGGUAUUUCUGUCAAUUCUGGAAUGCAAGUUCCCGACGUGGAGAAUGUAUACGCUGUUGGUGAUAUUGCCAGAUAUCCCUACCACAUUACUGGUGAGAAUGUGCGUAUUGAGCACUGGAACGUUGCCCAAAAUCAAGGCCGUGUAGCUGCACUCAAUAUUAUGGCCAAAGAGUCCAACAAAUCUGAACUGACCCAUAUGAAGCAGAUUCCAUACUUUUGGACCGUGCAGUUUGGCAAGUCUGUUCGAUAUGCUGGAUACGCCACAUCAUUUGACAAUGUCAUUAUACAAGGAUCGAUGGAAUGCGAUGAAUCUGGUGGUGGUUUGAGUUUUGCUGCGUUUUACAUGCGCAAAGGGCAAUUGAUUUCUGUUUGCAGUGUCGCCAAAGAUCCAGUUGUAUCUCAUGUUAGCGAGCUUCUUCGUCUUGGCAAGGCUCCUACCGAAAAACAACUCAAGGACGGUUUGGAUGUGCUAUCUAUCAAGCUUAAUUCUGAUGAGAAGUUUAGUGUGCCUGAAAAAACUGCAACUGCAAUUGCAACUCCAACCACAUCACCACUCAACAUUUUUCUUAUGAUUGCAGCUGUAUUUGCAUUAGCUCUUGCAGCUGGAAUUCCCAUAGUUGAUCAUAUUACAAAGAAUGGCGGAAACCUUUAGUGUAUUUUUUAGUUUACAAAUAAACUUGAAAUGAUAUUCUGUUGCAGU